AUGGAUCAACCCGAUCCAAAUACUCCUAAUCAAGGUCAACAAUCGACUGCAACUGUAACUGGUCCAAGUACUUUCAAACAAGGUCGAAAGCGCAUAAUGGAUGUGAUUGAUUUACUGAUUUCCAGACAAAACCAGCAACGACCAAUGGAUGAAGUUGAUCCAAACGCUUCCAAACAAAGUCAGCAACAGCCAAUGGAUCAACCCAAUCCAAGUACUUCCAAACGAAGUCGGAAACGGCCAAUCAAUGAAAUCAGGCCAAGCAUUUUUAGCCAAGCAUCUGGUUCAACUAAUGAACCCAGUCCAAGUGCUCCAAAACAAGGUCGGAAACAACCGAUUGAUCAACCCAUUCCAAGUACUUCCAGCCAAGACCAGCAACAACCAAUGGGACAAGGCGAGUCUGCCAAUAUUAGUUCAAAUCAAGUGACUGUAUUAGGCCCAAGAUAUCAGAGAAGCUUUAAUCGUAUAAAGCAAAGGCUUGUAGAGUCAAAAGAAAUACAAAAGAAAAAGCACAAAAAAUAUUGGGAUUAUGAAUUCCUUGGAUUGGAACACCAGCUAGCUCUAGAAAGGGGAGAAGAUAUAUCAGGGUCAACGUACGAUCCAGACACUGAAAAGAAAUUGAAACAAGAGUAUAGAGAUGCAGGAAAAAGAGUGUGGGAGUUAAGGCAUCAGUUGAAAAGGUUUAUGAAAAGGCGUGGUUUGGAAUUUGAAGAACCGGGUUUGGAUUUGGAUUGA